UUAAUAAAGCAUACCAAAAUGCUGGGUAUCUUUCAAAAAAUAAAGUUGAUCGAACUUUUGCUUAAUUCAUUGUUAAUUCUGUAGUGUUUGUCAGAUUUUUCAUUUCGACAGUUUAUUUUAUUGUUAUAUUAUAUCUUGCACUAAAUGCCACUGUACGUGUUGUUGAGUGUGAUUAACUAGAAUACAGGCUAACGGCUCUGAUUUGAAACUGAUCAGCUCAUCAUUUAUUUAUUAAAUUUUAGCCGAAACUUACACUUGUAAAAGUCAUCAUGGCAUUCCUGGAUGAUAACACAUCGUUGGUACGAAUGAAAAGGGACUUUGAUUCAUUUGUAUGUGACCACAAUGACAGCCGUGGUGUAAAACAUUUCCGACUGGACGAUGCAGAAAAUGACAGUUUGCGUGAUCGUUCAGGGGAGCUCGAGGCUCUCUCUGUACAAACACUCCUUGCGAAAGAGAAGCAGUACAAGUACAAAGAAGCUGAAUACAUCCAUGCUAAGAGUGAGAUCAUUCGUCUGAAGGCGACCAUCUCCAACCUGGAGACAGCCAAUCAGAAGGCUCGUAUUCUGUUUGAACAGCAGCUAGAAAAGGCCAUGGCAGAAAAAAUGCGCGAAAAUUCACGUGUUGGUGAACUUAUGACCCAGCUCAAAUAUCUGGAACAGAGAGAAUCAUUGGGACGUGAAAAGUUGUCAGAUGCUCAGUCUGCACUGGACAAGCAGCGGAAAUCAUUCGAAGAGCAAAUUCUCACUCUGCAGAAAGAAAGACUGCAGCUCUCAGAUAACUUAGAACAGGAAAAGGAGAGUAACUGGGAGAAGAUGACAGAGCUCCGGAGUGAGAUGCGGAGGAAAGACAGCGAGCUAAGCAUUGUAAUGCUUGAGCUUGAUGAAACUAAAGUUCAGCUCAAACUGCAGCUCAAGCGGUGGUCGGAUGUGACUAGCCAAAUGCAAGAGGGUGAAGAGGUGAAAUUAAAGGCAGCACAGGCAGAGCAGAAGGUCAAGGACCUCGAGCAACAGAUAGUUAGAAUGGAGGAAGACAAGGUGAUCUCCACCGCCAUGAAGUCACAGUUGGCAUCAUUCCAGGAGAUGGAAAAACAGAACAGGAAACUCUCCGAUGACAACACAUACCUCAGAGGUAUUCAGGAGAACAACUUGCUGUUAAAGGAGCAGCAUGAUAACAUGCAGAACAAGGUGGAGAGACUGGAAAAUAAACUGGCCAACUACCAUGCUCUGGUGGCGGAAAAUGAGGAGUUGAAACAGAAGCUUGAACAAUGGGAGAAACCUGAUCCCACUGGAUUAACAGUUAAGUCGCCUGCCAACCUGAGCAAGAGAGUGACGGAGCUACAAAGUGGCGAAGCUCUGAUGCUGUCAAAGCAAGGGGAACUUCAGACUCACCUGCACCAGAAGGAGAUGACGCUGCGUAACCUCCAGGAGCACCAGAGCCAAAUGCAACAACAAGUGACCAAUGAGAAAACCAAGUCUGCUCAGCAGGCCGACCUCAUCAAACGCUUACAGAGGAAACUGCUGCUCGUAACCAAGGAACGUGAUGGUUACAAGCGGAUCAUAGAUUCAUACGAGAGUGAGGUGACCGUCAGCCUCGACCCGAGCUCCCAGGCAUCAAUUAAUCGUGUGGCCCUGCUCGAGGACAGUGUGCAGGGAUACAAGCGACAGACAGAGAAUCUGGAGGCCGAGCUUAACAAAGUGGGCGGCGAUCUCGCGUCUGCACGCCAGAAUAUAAGACAGCUUGAGUUGACAUUGUCUGACCUGCAUCGUAAGGCAAACUACGACGUACAUGACUGCAGGUCGGAGGCAGACCAGAAAACAAUAAACAGUCUACGGGAGAAAGUUGCCAGUCUGGAGCGUGCCCUGGAAACAUGCGAGCAAGAAAAAAAUACAUUAGAGUGCAGGAUUGAACAGAGGCACCUACAGGGCGACUAUGAUCCAACAAAACUGAAAGUUCUACACUUCAAAAUGAACCCGGUAGACUCAGAUAUCGAUCGCCGUCGGGAAGAGAUGACAAAGCUUCGUGAGGAGAAUGCGCGGCUGCGGCAGCGUAUACAGCUGCUUGAGGAACAUGAUGGGAAAAUUGAGGACCUUACUGUGGCUGUUGAGCAAAAAAUCAAGGAACCAGGAUCCAGCAAGGAUAUUGAAGAGAUGCGUUCCCAGCUUACAUUGGCAGAACUGAAGAACAAGCGUCUGAUGGAGGCAUUUAAAAAGACAUCUCAGGAAGUGCGUGAGGUCUGCUACCAGCUGACCGGCUAUAAGAUCGAUAUCCCGACCUCUAACCAGUAUCGCAUCACCAGCAUGUAUGCCGAGUCACCUACAGACUACCUCCUCUUUCAGCAAAACUCACGAGGCAAUAUCGAGAUGUUGGGAACAAGUUUUUCCUCUACUCUCCAAGACCUGAUGGACAUGUACCUCAUACAGCGAGACAGCAUUCCCGCCUUCCUCAGUAGCGUCACCUUAGAUCUCUUCUCACGACAAACCAUGAACUUUGGAUGAAAGAGUUGCUGUAAACUUCUACUGAAUUUGCUUGUGUUGACUGUGUCCAAGUCUUGCAGUACACUAGUUUCAUUAGACUACCUUAUAGGUACAAGACAAGUGAUUCAUUACACUUCGCAUGCGGAGUCCUAUAAUUAAUGUUUUGCAUGAGGACCCAUCUUUCUGAAAGAUGUAGAUCGAUGAGUUGUUGUCUUUAAGGAUGUUUUGCGUAAAACUAUGCUUGGCACUUGGCAUUUUUAUUAUUGUAAGAUAGGCUGGUUUGAAAAAUUAUCACUGAGGUUUUACAUCGUCAUAAAAUAAGAUCAUGCUUAUAUCCCCAUUACUGACAUGAAUAUUACCAUGAUCUCUGUUGAAAUCCACAUCUGUGGACAUGGUUAUGUAAUCAUUUUUUCUCUAUGUUACCACACUCAUUUGAGAUCAUGUGUUCAACAAACCUGGUGAAAGAAUCUGUCUUCAAGAAUGCAAGUCAUUCUUUUGAACUGGCAUGAAGUAUUAGAAAUAUGUCAAGGAAAUGAAGGAGAGAGAGACUACAUAUCCAAUCAUUGUACUAUAAUGAAGUAAUGUUGAGUGCUCUUGUGUUAUUAUGUCCUGUUAUAGAGGAUGUUCAAUGCAUAUAUUUCAUUUCUGUAUUUUGUACACUGUAAAAUAUAUUUAUGUACAGCUUAAUACAAACUGUUUUAUUUU